AUGGCAGAUCAGAAGCAAGGAGGACUUGUGAAGAAAGGUCAUGAAGAAGGGUUGAAAUUGGCAGUUUCUCUAUUGGAGGAGUUUGGGCUACCAAUGGGGCUUUUGCCUCUUGCUGAUGUGAUCGAAGUAGGGUUUGUGAGGAGCACUGGCUACAUGUGGAUUCUACAGAAGAAGAAAGUAGAGCACAAUUUCAAAAUCAUUAGCAAACUUGUGAGCUAUGACACUGAGAUCAAUGGCUUUGUUGGACCAAAGAAAAUCAAGAAGCUCAAGGGUGUUAAGGCUAAAGAGCUCAUGUUAUGGCCACCGGUUAGUGAGAUCAUCGUCGAUGAUCCAGCCACCGGAAAAAUCCACUUCAAGAGCUUUGCUGGGAUCACCAAAACCUUCCCAGUUGAGGCUUUUGCAGCUGGGCAGUAAAUC